AUAUUAUUAAAAAUAAUUAUUUAUUAUUCGUUUAUUAUACUAUGACAAAAGGAGAAAUGAUAAGAGGUGAAUUUUCGGUUGGUUUAACCAAUACAAUUUCAUCCCUUUUAAAUGAUGACGAAGAUUUUCAACUUGUACAUGCCCAACAAAUGUUAACAUAUUUAUCAAAUAAAGGAUAUUAUCCUCCAGAAACUAUUUUAACAACUUUAUUAGAAACAUUAAAAUCAAAAAGAGGUGGGGACGAAGCAGUAACAUUUCAAAUCAUGGAAGUUUUAAACGUAUUCAAAGAUAAUCAAUAUUAUUUUGGGUUAACAGACGAAUUAUUUAUAAAAACAAUAGUAUCAUUAAGGUAUCAUUUAGGUGAUAAAGACGUAGGUUAUCCAAAAGAAACAUUAUUUAAAUUUUUAAGUUCAAAAUUAUUAUUGUCAUAUUUUGUUUCAUCCUAUUCCACCAUUCUCCAAAAUGUUGACCCAAAUUUUAAUCUUAAAUCUGCAUUAAUCAAAGAAGUUAUGAGUUUAAUGCAGGUUUGCGAUUUAGAAACUUUUAAAGAAUUAUUAGAAUUUUUAUUAAAUAUUUAUAAAAAUAGUAAAUUUGCGACCAUAAAUACUUUACCAAUUAUUUGUUCAGGAUUUAAAGAAAUAUCGAAUUAUAAUAGAAAGUUAUUAUUUUGUCAACUACUACCAGCAGGAAAAAUAAAAAAUGCAUUGGUCACAGAGUUUAUAGAAGAUAUUUACCCAUCACACAUAAGAAAUAAAAAAAAUAAUAACCCAUUAAUCGAAGACUUGGCACCAUGGCUCACGAAGCUAUCUAAAAAGAAUAUGAGAAAGAACAAGUUAUCAGGUGGGUCCACAGAGAGUGAUUUAAACUUAUCAGUAGAAUCAACCAAAUCUAUAUAUUCAAUGGAUUUAGAUUUACAAGAACCAGUCGGUAAUCAUGAAUUAUUUGUUUUAUUAUGCACUCAAUUAUAUCAAUCUGCAAUCGUCACCGCAAUAGAAUUAGAAGAUAAUACUGAAAGCCCUUUACCAAAGCCAAUUCAGUGGGAUCAAAUCCACAGCGAUUUCAAAGAAUUUUCAAAUUUUAUUGUACAAUUUAUUCAAGAAAAUCCUGGUCAAAUAAGUAAUCCAGAUUUAAUUCAACUUUCUUUAAGGGAUUUAGAUAUAAUAUUUGAAGUUAAACUGUUAAAUAAAUAAUUAAAUAAAUAAAUAAAAAAAUAUAUUUAUAAAAUGAUAU